CGGCAACAACCUGUGCGCGGAGCUUCUAUUUCGGGUCGCCAUUCUGACAACAAAAAGCCGCCAACCUGGAACUAAUGGAAUUAGAGAACAUUGUGGCCAAUACGGUCUACCUGAAGGCGCGAGAAGGAGGCUCCGACAGCAACAAAGGCAAGAGCAAAAAAUGGCGCAAGAUCCUUCAGUUUCCUCACAUAUCGCAGUGCAUCGAUCUCAAGAACAAAAUAGAUGUAAGCUAUGGUUACGUAGUUGAUCAGCAGCCCAUCGGACGUGAGCUUUUCCGGCAGUUCUGCAAGGUGAAACGGCCCCAGUACUCGCGCUACAUCUCCUUUCUCGACGAUGCCACAAGGUACGAGAUAGCGGCGGACGAACACCGGGUGGAGCUGGCGUACGAGGUCGUGAAGCGGUACCUGGGCCUCUGCACCGAGAGCCGGGAGCGCGAGGACAGCGGCGGCGGAGGCGGCUGCGACAGUGACGGCGGCAAGUGCGACGAUGACAGCGGCAUCGGGGGCGACACCAAGAAGCUCAGCAAUCACGACGACCCGGAGAAGAGCCUGACCGGGUCGAACUCGGUCACCACCAACACCAUCCACAACGAGAAGGACGAGUUCGUGCUGGACGUGCUGAACGAUGACAUGGUUGCGCAGGUUCGGACCAAACUCUCCGCUGGCAGCAAAGAGCUGUUCGAAGCUUCCAUCACGGCGGUCAGGGCCUUCCUGGCCGGGGAACCAUUCCGGGAAUUCGAGGCAUCCAUGUACUUCCACAGCAUAUAUUCUCUAUCGUUCUCUACCGAGCAGGUUCGAGCCACCGGCAAAAUGUACGCGUGCAAGAAGCUGGAAAAGAAGCGCAUCAAGAAGCGGAAGGGAGAAUCGAUGGUUCUGAUCGAGAAGCAGAUUCUUCAGAAGAUAAACUCUCGCUUCGUAGUGAACCUGGCGUACGCUUACGAAACCAAGGAUGCGCUCUGCUUGGUGCUGACGAUUAUGAAUGGAGGAGAUCUGAAGUUUCACAUUUACAAUAUGGGCGGCGAUCCGGGAUUCGAGCUGACCCGGGCACGGUUCUAUGCAGCCGAGGUGGUCUGCGGGCUAGAGCAUCUGCACCAGCAAGGAAUCGUGUACCGGGACUGUAAACCGGAAAACAUUCUGCUCGAUGACCAUGGGCACGUGCGCAUUUCCGAUCUCGGGCUGGCGGUCGAAAUUCCGGAAGGCGAGAUGGUUAGGGGGAGAGUGGGCACCGUAGGCUACAUGGCACCGGAAGUGAUUGACAACGAAAAGUACGCCUUUUCGCCGGAUUGGUUCAGCUUCGGGUGCUUGCUGUACGAGAUGAUCGAGGGCCAGGCACCGUUCCGCGCCCGCAAGGAAAAGGUCAAACGGGAAGAGGUGGACCGGCGCGUAAAGGAGGACCCGGAAAAGUAUUCGCACAAAUUCAGUGACGAUGCCAAAUCGUUGUGCCAACAGCUGCUAAUGAAAACCGUUAAGAGCCGGCUCGGAUGUCGCAACGGGCGCCAUGGGGCCCGCGAGGUGAAGCUGCAUCCGUUCUUUAACAGUAUUAACUGGAAACGGCUCGAGGCCGGUGUGAACGAUCCUCCGUUUGUGCCGGACCCACAUGCCGUGUAUGCCAAAGACGUACUAGACAUUGAGCAAUUCUCCACAGUGAAGGGCGUCAACCUGGACGCGACAGACGAGAACUUCUAUACCAAGUUCAAUACCGGCUCGGUAUCGAUACCGUGGCAGGACGAGAUGAUUGAAACCGAAUGCUUCCGGGAACUGAACGUGUUCGGCGUGAACGAGUGCCCGACGCCCGAUCUGCUCAUCAACGCACCGCCCGUAGUCGAAAAACCGGGCUGCUUUCCGUUUCGAAGAAAAAAAAAGCAAACACCCAGAGAGAAGGCAAUACCGUUCAACGAGAAGCUGUUGUCCUCUAGUCAAACGACGGUCAGCUGUAGUCAGGCACAGACUGAAAGUUGAUAGGUGUAAGGCAACAAUGAUGACCUCGGUCAACCAGGUGUACCCCCGGAGGCACUAUCCAGGCGAUGGUUGUCGAUGGAUGGACGGCGAGAAAAGGCUUAGCGGUGGUUAAUUGGACAGCGGGCAGUAAGUAAGCAGCAGUUGGGCAGCAAAAGACUGUUCUCUUCCCGGUUUAGUUUUUGGGAGCGAUCGCUCACAUUACUGUGCUCAGCGGUAGAACGCGCUUUAUGGGGCGAGAAUGGAUGGACGGUUUCACGGCGAAAGCGGAUAUUAUCAUCGUCGGAUUUUUCAUCAAGCGGCAACCGCCGCAGCACAACGCUACUGAAUACUCUCAGUCAUGUUACGAGCUACUGCUACGGGGCGUCAUAUGAGGGUGGAAACGCACACGAAGUGUGUAGUUUGUCUUUAACCCUUGCGUGCGGCGGGUUCAGUCACAGUCAGUUCACUCACUCACUCAUUCACAGUCAAUGAUACACUUAAGCGCACAUGAACAUUGUCUAAACAGCAUAUAAAUAGUAGCUAUUGAAUAACACUUAAAAUGCAAACGCAAAUAUAUUGUCCACCGCCAGAACGUCGAAGAGCGCAAAGAUAACGAAGAACAAACGGAGGAAUAAUCACAUAAAUUCGUAAUCCUAGACCGCGCGCUCCAGCGUAUUCGUAUUUUGGCCAAACUCCCAAGGUGUGCAAUAGCGGAAGAAGCAGUACGACAACGGUUGAGCUAGACAACUGUAGCAUAAGGUAGCAGAAACAAAGUGGUACUUCCGUUUGUGGAAGUAUUUAGAAACGAAGUAGUGUAUAUGGUUCAUUGAUGACUUUUAGCAUUGCGAGUGGAGCGAUGUGUCUGAUUGAGUUUUAAUAAGCAUUACCGGUAAAAACCGUUGUACCUUUGUUCUCUCGUUAGGUUGAUUUUAUAAAGUGAUGAAAAAUAAGCAACCAAAAAGGGUUAUACGAUAGUCACGUAUCUUUCUCUCCAAUAUAAAAGCCAACCCCGACGCAUUUGUAAAUAGUGGAUUUUACAAUAUAUUAUUAUUUCACUGGUUUUUUUAUCCGUUGGCUGAUUUUACGUUCUUAUGAACAAUCGGGUCGGAAUGUUAUUGUUACUGUUUGUGUUCACUGUGUAACGCUCUACAUGAUAAGUUACGCCCGCGUGUGUAUGGCCGGAUCGAGGGUUCACAAUUCAUCAACUGCCACUAGAAAAUCCAAUCAAUCUGUUAAAGUCGUUACCACCCCUAAAACAAUCUUGCAUACUAAUAUUUGGCAUCUCUCAUAUCGUAUAGUAAUUUUUUUUUGAGACUGUAUGUUGAGUUAUUAAGUUACUCUUUCACACACUUGAUUUGUGGCCAUAGCGAUAGUGGCGAUAAGAAUCGGCAUACAGCGUCCUCGCGCUGUAUGACUAUGACGGAACAACUUCUGUGAACACCUCAUCUAAACUGAAAUUCAAUAUUCACGAAACCAUAUUCAUGUCACAAGGUAUUACAGAAUCAAUAGUACCCACCGACUGAUGAUAUCUUUCUUCCAUCUUGGCUUCAAAUAUAGAGCCUUUCUUUUUCAUUGUUUCAAUUUUUGACUGCUUUCGAUUAUUGGAAUGCCGAUCGACUGACAAACCGUCGAAUGGUUAUACGUUCCACUGUUGUCUCCGGUUGACCAGGCUGUUGCUUUCGUAUAGUUUUGCUUCUGUUGCUGGCGACUACAUAUUAUGCUACGGUUUGGUGUGCAGCAUUUCUACAAAUCCUCGUGGUAGAGUACUAGAAAGGAGAGAGACAGAGAGAGAGAGAGAGAUACGGUACUUAAACACAAUCUUAAUGUUCGAAUGGUUAAAGAGGCAACUUUUUAGCAAACUUCUCAUACUCAUGUACUAAUCAAUUAUAACUAUAGACUAUUCGUGGCUAGGAGUUAGUUUCAGACAAAAGUAAGGGGAAAGCAGAAAACUUACGAAUGAAUCUAUGUAUCGCACAUUCAAAACACACGGACACACAAAUGUAAAAGCAAACGAUUAGACGAAGGAGAUUUAUAGAGUGAACCGCUUAUUAUAAACCCAAUACCCAUUCUAGUUACCGGAAAUGCACAACAUAGUACGGGGUGAACUGACGCGCGGGGGAACAAUAGGAGCAACGGAGCCAGGAGUAGUAGUGAACGACCGACCGAGUGUUUAGGAUUUGGUUGUUACAAUGCAUAAGUGAAAGCAAUCAUUUACUAGGGCUGUUUUAGCUUUAAAAUCGCGUAUAUCGUGCAGGCGCAAACGAGAAUUGGUUAGCUUUUUAAUGAAUCUUUCAAGUGUUGUGUUCAAAGCACAAGUAUCAACGAAAGCACCAACAACAAAGCGUGUAUGAGAAUUGUUCGUAGCCGUGUGUGUGCUUUCUUGGUAUUUGUUUUUUAAUCGUGUAUGUCGCACAAGUUUGUAUUAAGUUUUGUAAUCGUAGCCCCGGCAAGAAUCUGUUGGCAGUCAAUCUGUAUGUGCUGAACAAAUGGAUUGCAAAAAACCAACAAACAAGUAAAUAAAAACAAGUAAUAAACUCAGACUAGCCACUCUUCAAA